AUCAUGACCCAAGCAAAAUGGCGAAAGUAGAUGUGUUUACUAUGUGGAAACGUGACAUGUAACCGUGAAUGCACCUAACAUUUCGAGCCCCUAGGUUCUGGCUAUGAGCCAGAAACGAAUUUUAAGACACUAGAAAAUAUGUCCGAAGAAAGAGACAUUUUGAGUCUCACAGAUGAUGAAGACGAAUUCGAAGAAGAAGCCCAUGUCCCGGAUAAACACGGCACGCUGAGCAAAUGGACAAACUAUUUACAUGGUUGGCAAGAUAGAUAUAUUGUACUCAAAGAUGGGACGCUUAGUUACUACAAGUCCGAAACAGAAACAACGUUUGGAUGCCGGGGAGCCGUAAGCUUAGCGAAGGCCUGUGUAAUCCCCCAUCAGUUUGAUGAGUGUCGGUUUGACGUGAGUGUCAAUGACAGUUUGUGGUACCUACGGGCAACCCAUGAAGAUGAGAGGCAACAGUGGGUGGAUGCUAUUGAGCUACACAGGCAAGCCGAAUCCGGGUAUGGAAGCGAGAACAAUCUGCGGCGCCAUGGCUCCAUGUUGUCUCUUACCUCUGGCACCAGCCUCUCCACGGCAUCGGCGUCAUCAUUCAAGAGGUCGGGGUUGCGUGAGAAGUUGAUGGAGAUGGAGACGUUUCGGGAUAUACUUUGCCGGCAGGUGGAUACACUCCAGAGCUACUUUGACAGCUGCGCCUCUGCUGUGUCACAUGGGGUGGUCCAAGAACUGGCUGAGCCAGAUGACAUCGAUGCUGAUGUAGACAUUGACAAGCCGGCCACGCCUACAGAGGAGCCUCACCACACAUUUGGGGGCUUCAAGGGUCGAGACCUUGCCUCUGUCCUACAACAACAUGGUGGCCAUGCUGUGGACUUCAAGGGAGAGGCCUUCACCUUCAAGGCUACAACGGCUGGCAUUGUGGCCACACUCUCUCACUGUAUUGACCUGAUGCAGCAGAGAGAAGAGGCGUGGAAGAAGCGUCUGGAGAGGGAAGUGGAGAAGAAGAAGAAGAUCGAAGAAGCAUACAAGUCAACAGAAAAAGUCAAACCUGUUGUUGUUGGUGGACCAGACUAUGAGGAAGGUCCGCACUGCAUGAUUACAGAGGAUGAGUUCUACGAUGCUGUGGAUGCUACCCUAGAUAAACUAGAGAAGGAAGAAGAGAAGAGAGCAUCAAGUCCGGCACCUGUGAAGUUACCACCCAAAAUAUCACUUCUACCCAGCAACAAGUUCUACGAGGAGAUCAAUCGCGUGGUUGAUGAGCACAUGUACCGGCUGUACGAGAGGACGUCCGACGGGGAAGACACAUGGACCUGCAUCGCGGAGGAUGGAGAGCUGCGUGUUUACAAGCGGGAGUUGGAGAUUGAAGGAGUUGUGGUGGAUCCUCUCAAGGCUGUCACAACUGUCUCGGGUAUUACUGGCCAUGAGUUGUGCCACCACUUCUGGGACAUUGAUGUCAGGAUGGAGUGGGAAGCCACCCUGGAGACGUGCAGGACAGUGGAGUGGUUGUCAGAAGACACGCUCAUCUGUAACAAUGUCAUCAAGCGAGUGUGGCCAGCGUCACAGCGAGACGCCCUCUUCUGGUCCCACAUACGCAACAUUCAAGGCGAGAACGAAGAUAGUCCGGACAGCUGGAUAGUCGUCAACUACUCCUGUGACCACCCAAACUGUGCGGGUGGCAAGUAUGUCCGGAUCACAAUGAAUGUGGCUAUGAUCUGUCAGACAAUCGUAGAACCGCCAGCUGAGGGUGAAAUCAGUCGGGACAAUGUCAAGUGUAAGAUCACCUACACCGCUGAUGUGAACCCUGGAGGCUGGGCGCCAGCAUCAGUAUUGAGAGCUGUUUACAAACGCGAGUACCCUAAGUUCAUCAAGCGUUUCACCUCGUACGUGAAGACAAAGACGGCCGAGAAGCCGAUCUUGUUCUAGAUCUACUCACACGUACUUGAAACAUCAUCCACUGACCACGCCCAAGGGAUGGGAUGUGUUGUCAGAUGGUCAUCACAAGUGUCCACUCAGGGGCCUGUGGGACAGGUUCCGUGGACCGCGGGUCAAGAGGCGAGUCUCAGUCUCUCUCCUUGUACAGUUUUAUUUUGCAGGUGUCAGUCUACAGCUCUCCUACAUGGGAUAGACACAUGGGCAGAAUGGAAUGAGUUAAUUCGAUUUAUGCACAAUUUACAACCAUGUUAUAGCAUCUGCUGAGACAGCAUGUCAAUUUAGCUACAAACUCAUCAUCACUCUCAAAGAAUCAAAUUCCCACAUCGGUGCACCGUAGGGUGUCAUGAUUUAACUCAUGCUAAGAUUUGUAUUAACACCUGGUUGCUGUGACUGCAGCUGUUCAGUAUCUGAUGCUGCUGAAUCAGUAGACUAUUCGCUCCAAUUGCCCACAGACGUAGUGUUUAGGAAGGCCUUCUUGGUUUGUUAGCACUUGGUUUCUAGUGUGCUCUUUACACCAAAGCCCAGGUUUGGAUUCCAUCUGUGGGUAUAAUGUUUGAAGUCCAUUUCUGGUGUCCCCUAAUAUUGCUAACAUAAAGUUUAGACUCACUAGUGUAAAUGUAGCCACUUACUUCA